UCGCCGUUUGUUCUGUAGGAGCCCGAGACAAGGUUGUAUCUGUUCAGGUGGGAAAAAGUGACACUGUCAAGUGCAAAGUAAACGCAAUCUGUGUUCGCGAACGUGAAUAUCUCAGUUACCAACGCGAUUGCGACGCGGAAAGAAAUUCGAAACUUGACCGGAACCAGUGAAAAGCAUCACCAAUAACUUCAAAAGCGACAAUGUGUUUAUGAACUACGCAAUAGAAAAUUCAAAAGAAUAAACAAAUAAAUUGUUUAAAAUGGAUACAUGGUUGUCUAUUGUCCUUUUCCUGUGCGCAACUCAAGGAUAUGUACGAGCCGAAGGGUUUUACAAGGUGGUCGGGCCUCAGAUUCUACGCCCAAACAGCGAAUUUCAUGUCGCCGUCUCUGCUCAAUCCACAUCCUCACCAACAACCGUCUCAGUCGCAGUCGUGGGCACUUCUUUAAAUGGUCGCUCUUAUUCCGUCGAAGAUUCCGCAACAGUCUUACCUCACAGCACUAGCAUUAUUACGCUUCAGAUUGAAGAUAUCGAGGAAGGUUUUUAUAAGAUUAUAGCCAGAGGGACAGGAGGCGUUGAGUUUCAGUCCACGGCUCCAUUGAAAUUUGUUAAGAAGAGCUACUCGGUUUUCAUUCAGACCGAUAAAGCGGUUUACAAACCUGGUGAUAAAGUGCUGUUUAGGGCUUUAAUCUUGAAUCCAGAUUUGAAACCUGCAGCAGAUGUCAGAAACGAACCUGUCUCAGUUUACGUCACGGAUGGUGCUGGUAAUAAAGUAAAGGAAUGGAAACGAAUUAACGCUCCUAAAGGCGUCUAUGGAGACGAACUGCAACUCAGCGAGAGCCCAGUUUUGGGAAAUUGGAACAUUUCCGUGGUCGUGCAUGAGCAAAUAUUCAAUAAAACCUUUCAAGUUGCCGAAUACAUCGUUCCUAAAUAUCUCAUUCAUAUCGACGUACCCAAGCAUAUCACGUUCCAAGAAAACAUCUUGACAGCGAAUAUCAAAGCACUGUAUAGCCAUGGUACAAAAGUUAAAGGCGACGCAACUGUAACAGUUUACCCUACAAUAUUUUCCGGCGUUAUACAGCCCAUAUACCAAGUUCCAGUUAGGAAAGUAUUUCCCAUCAAUGGUUCAUUAUCCGUCAAUUUUGACAUUUCCAAAGAAUUGAAACUCAACGAUGAGUACGAGAGAAAUGUCAUUGUUGAUGUUAUUAUCGAGGAAGAAGCUACUGGAAGACGUCAAAAUAACAGUAUCGAAGUUCAAAUACACAAAUACGAUUACAAAAUGGAACUUGUUAAAACCGCCGAUUAUUUUAAACCUGGGUUAAAAUAUACGACAUUUAUCAAAGUUAUAAAUCACGAUGGAUCUCCAUUGAAGAAUGACAGAAAAUCAGUCACCAUAAGACAUGGGUUUUCGAGAGCUGAUGAAGUAUAUCAAACAAAAAAGGUUGUUUUGGACCGUAACGGAUUUUUCAAACUUGAUUUAGAAACGCCGAAGAAUGCAACCAAUACAACCGCUUUAAGGAUAGACGCUCAAUACUAUGAUUUGAAAGAGAGGCUUCCGCCUGUCCCUGCUGCGGUUAGUUUCAGCAACAAUUUUCUACAAAUCUUAUUGGAGACGGAACGUCCCAUCAUCAAUUUAGACGUCGAAGUUUCAAUAGUUUGUACCGAACCAAUGACGUAUAUUACAUAUGAAUUAAUUGGUAGAGGUGAUGUAAUAAUUGCUAAUACUUUCAAAGUUGAUAACGCUAUGGAAUAUAAAUUUCAUUUCACUGCCACGCACGCAAUGGUACCAACAUCUCAUCUUUUGGUCAGUUACAUCAGAGAUGAUGGUGAAUUGAUAUCGGAUUCCAUUGAUAUCAAUGUUGAUGGGCUUUUGCAAAACUUUAUUGAUAUUCAAACAAAUGUGGUGGAGGCUAGUCCUGAUUCUGAUAUAGAUUUAACAAUUAGAGCUCAACCUAAUUCGUAUGUUGGGUUGAUGGCAAUUGAUGAAAAAAUACUAUCGCUAAAAGGUGGUAAUGAUUUAACUUUAAGAGGAGUAUCCGAAGAGUUGGACUAUUAUGAUCCCUCUGAAUUGUCGCCGUAUGCUUUCCUAAUGAAGGGUAGCAAAGCGAAUUUCUUCUGGAAACAAGGUUCGAGCAACAGUAAAGAUAUGUUUUAUAGAUCGGGAACUUCUUUAUUAACCAAUAGCUUAGUGACUAGUAGAAGGCCAAGUUUGGAAGACAUUUAUUUACGCCCAGUUUUUUAUGAUUCGAGCACUGUUAAACCCGAUAGAGGCGUUGGUUUAAAUUUUCAUACAGUUACAAGACCUCCAUUGGCAGGUCCCUAUGCCUUCAGUCGUAUCCCAAGACCCGUUUGGGAUAAACCCAGAGUAUAUUUAUCGGAUCAUCUUUACGACACUUGGCUUUUCAAUAACUUCUCAUCCGGAUAUGAUGGUAAAACAUCCAUCAAACGACGCGUACCAAGCUCCAUGAAUACAUGGACCAUCACAGGUUUUUCUUUGAACCCGUUACACGGAUUAGGUUUAACUACAAAUCCAAGACGCAUCAAAGUAAAGAAACCUUUCUCCGUAACAAUCAAUUUACCUCACUCAGUCCAAAGAGGAGAAAUCUUAGAAGUUCCCGUCGUCGUUAUCAAUAAUUUGGAUAAUGAUAUUACGGCGGAAGUGACUUUACAUAAUCAAGAACACAAAUUCUAUUUUGCGGAAAUCUCUAAUGAAGUUAACGGAACCUCGCCAAAAAUUGAAUUGUAUCGGAGAAAACGCGUCAGUGUGAAGAAAAAUAGCGGCGGUUCGGUUUCAUUUUUCAUCAAGACCAGUAGACCUGGUCAAGUUGAAAUUAAAGCCACGGCAGACAGUCCGAGUAAUCAAGAUACUACCAUUCGCCAGUUAAAUGUCAAGGCCGAAGGGGAAACUUUGUACUUUACUAAAACGAUUUUAAUCGACUUGACGAAAUCUAAUGUAUUCAAGGGAAAUGUAACAUUUGAAAUACCAAAAAAUGUGGUUCCCGAUUCUGAAAAUGUACAAGUUUCUGUGGUUGGAGAUUUGCUAGGAGCAACGGUUGUUAAUUUGGACCAACUCAUUCGCUUGCCCACAGCUUCAUCCGAACAAAAUUUGGUUAAUUUUGUCCCCGAUUUGAUUGUUCUCAAGUACUUGCAAAGUACACAACAAUUGACCCCUCCAAUUGAGAAGAUAGCAGUUAAUAAUUUAGAAACUAGCUAUCAACAACAAUUGACGUAUAAAAAAUCAGACGGUUCGUUCACUAUCUUUGGAAAGGAGAAAGAAGUUGGAAGUAUUUGGAUAACAGCGUACACAGCUAUGUCUUUAGUUCAAGCUAAAAAUUUCAUAUUCGUCGAUAAAGCGAUUAUUGAUAACGCUUUCUCGUGGUUGAGCGAUAAGCAAAAUAAGAAUGGUAGCUUCGUGGAGAAAUCUUCCGUUGUCCACAAGGAAGCGCAAACUCCAGACGACAAAAGUUUAGCGUUAACGGCUUUUGUUGUUCUCGCCUUCAUCGAGAACGAAGUGCCAAUUUCGAAAUAUGCUAAUGUCAUCAACAAAGGAUUGGAUUAUAUUGCCAGAUAUAUCGAUGAAGAAGAUUCCGAAUAUACUGUAGCGAUCUGCAGUUACGUACUUCAAUUGUCCAAUCAUCCAUCCAGAUUGAGCGCUUUCAAUUUAUUAGAAUCUAAAUCAAAGACAGAUAAAACUAUGAAAUGGUGGGGUAAAUCAUUUCCGGAAUCAGAAAACAAGAAUCCAUGGCACACGUUACCAAAAUCUCUCGACAUCGAAGCUACUUCGUAUGCUCUUUUAACGUUGCUCGAGGCAAAUUUGAUUAGCGAUGCAAUGCCUGUGUUACAAUGGCUAGUGGGCCAAAGAAACAGUUUAGGAGGCUUUGCUUCUUCGCAAGAUACUCGUAUUGGAUUAUUUGCUUUAUACCGGAUGGUCUUAAAGCUUUCCAGCAGUUCAAAUAUGAAAAUUGACUUUUCAUCUAAAGAGCAGGAAAUGAGUUCUUUCAAUAUUAACAGGGAUAAUGCAAUGAUUGUACAGAGUUUGAAGAUCGGCGAUCAAGCGAGAGUUGUAAAUGUAACAGCUUCGGGCAGUGGUUUAGCUUUGUUCCAAGUUUCAUAUCAGUAUAACAUGAAUGUAACCGGUCCAUGGCCCCUGUUUACGUUGGAUCCACAAGUUGACAAGAAUUCCAAUAGACACCAUCUGCAACUUUCUAUAUGUACUGCAUUUGUCACGAGAAACUUGACGGACACUCCUGAGAGUAAUAUGGCUAUAAUGGAGGUCCACUUUCCUUCCGGUUUUACAGCCGACAUCGAUUCAUUACCAAGCUUAGAGGUUUCUCAGAACGUGCAAAAAGUCGAAACAAAGAAUGAUUAUACUACCGUUGUCCUUUACUUUAAUAACUUAACCGUCCAUGAAUACUGUCCUACAAUAUCUGCGUACCAAACCCAUAGAGUCGUGAACCAAAAACCAGUUCCGGUUAUUAUUUAUGAUUACUACGAUAGCUCGCGACAUGCGAGGAUUUUCUACAGAGGUCGUAAAACCUCAAUGUGCGACAUUUGCAAAAAUGAAGAGGAAUGCGCCGAUUUCUGUAUGGCUGAAGCUGCAGCCGAAUUGGAUAGACAACGAGCCGAAGAGAGUAGAUCGGCAGAUGACGCUACACAAUUAACACUUUCAGCUUCUUGUUUCCUACUAAUUCUUGCCAAUUUAAUUUAUCGUUAAGCUUAAACACCAUAAACCGUAUAUAAAGACUGAGUCGAAGGAAGGAAAACUUAAGAUUCACAGGAGUAUAUAUAUAAAUAUAUAUUUGUUAUUUAACUAAACUAGUCACAUGUAAAUACCUUGUAUUUUAACCAUUUU